UAUUUGCCAAUGACCUAAAAAUAGAAAAAAUAAAUAUAUAAUUAGAACAUGAUUGCUAAAGAAAAACAAUUAAUAGAAGAUGUUGAAAAGGACAAAAAGUCCAAGGAAUUGUCAGUUACAUCUUCGGAUCCAAAUAUACGAAAAUUGGCGAGAAGACAACGAAUUCAACAUCGUUUGAGUGCUCUGCAUAAGGUAAAAAGAAAGGAAGAUGAAGAAAUUAUUGAAAGAACUCCUAUCGAAGGACAAAUAUUGACCAGUACCGAAAUCCUUGAAGAAAUCAAAACCGAAGCCGAAGAAGUGAUAUCUAAUGUUAGAGUUGCAAAUGAUGCACGUGAAUUGGAACGACGUAAAGAAACCCAAGCUACGAGAGAAACUUUAUUAAAAAAACUUGAAAAAGAGAACGAGGAAUGUAUGCUCAAGUAUCAAGAAAUCAAUCAAAAAUGGUCUAACAUUCUCACAUCGAAAGAUCCAUUGGACAUACACGAAGAAAUGAAACGUCAAAAUACUAAAUGUUUAGAAUUAAUAGCUAAAAAGGAUGAAGUUAUAAUUGGACUUAAAGCUGAACUGGAAAAUGCUGAUCUCAGAUUUACGGACGACUUGAAGAAACAAAACGAAGAUGUCGAUGUAUUGAUCGAAAGAAUAGAUCGUCAGUUGAACGUUAUAGCUAAAGCUUAUCGUAAAGAAUUGGACAACAUCGACAAUGUUUUGGAUGCUGAACGUAAAUCAAUCUUGGAUACGCUGGAAGAAAAAUGGGAAAUUUUCUAUGAAAAGUUGCGCAAUGAUAAUACAGAUGCUAUAGAAAAAAGAAAAGAAAUUGUACGUGAUUAUGAGAAAGAAAUGGAACGAGUAAUGAUUGAACAUCAUGAAAAAUUUCGUUCUCAAAAAAUCACCUUGGAAUUGAAGAAUCAAGAUCUUCAACAAAAGCUUCAAGAUACAAAAGCUUUUUGUUUGAUGAACGUUGAAAAAUUGAACUACAAUUAUGCUGUUCUCAAACAUAGAGAUGAAGAAAAUACUAUAAUCAAAAAUGAACAGAAAAGACGAAUUAAUAAGCUUCAAGAUAUUAUGAACGAAUUAAAAAAAACUUACAUCAAAUUGGAAGAAGACACGCGAAUUGAAAUUCAAAACUUGACCGAUCAAGUUCUCAAAGCUCAUAAAAAUAUUUUAGAACUUGAAGAGAAAUCUCAACAUUUUACCAACAUCAAUGAGAAGAAAUACUUUCAAAUAUGGGACAUGAAUGUAAAACGUGCCAACGAGCUGGUCGAUAAAAUUAUGGCUACCGAUCGAAUAAUACAUGAACAAGCUUUAGGAUUAUUAUGGCAACCACCAGAAGAACAACUUUUGACCAAGGAAGAUUUACCUUCUUAUUGUACUGCAAUUAGUACAAUAAAUAAAGAAAGGAUGGAUGCUUUGGAAAAGAAACAAAUGCCUAUUAUUUAUAAAAAAGCAUUGACCAUGGAAGACAUCAAUUUGGAACGACGUUUGUUGAAUCAUAUAAUGAAACAAAUAUCCGAACAAUCGGGUUAUCUGAUUGAUGAUAAUAUACAACAAAUACUUAUACCGUAUACAAUUGAGGACAAUAUAAUUAUUAGAUUGGAUAAUGUUUUUCAGGCAUUAAACAUUGUAUCCGAAGAGGAAGUUCACUUCUUAUUAAAUUUCUUUCUGCCUUAUACAUAUUGUCCCGAUUGUAGAUCAUCUGAUAAUAAUAUAUCCAAAGAUACGGACAAAAUAAUACAAUCUUCUUCAUCAUCAUUAUCAUCAUCAUCAUCAUCAUCAUCAUCAUCAUCAUCAUCGAGCACGAGUAACACACCUGUGGUAUGUGGUGAAGAAUUAGACGAUGAAGCAGCGUCUAAAUUAGUGUCAACAAUAAAACAAGAGUUCUUCAUUGAUGAUGUAUGCUCAUCAGGUGUUUGUAAACACGUUGACUCAGAUCAAUCGCAAGAUCCACGUCCCUUGGGAGAGACUAUACGAUCAAUUUCCUCAGAAGAAUUGUGUUCGUCAAACAUCGAAAGUAAAAAUUCAUCGGAAGGAAAUGAACUGAGUCGACUGGUCUGUAAAAAGGGUCAUUUGCUCAAAAUUCAUGCGUCUUAUGUUACAAGAGCGUUGAAAGAAUUCAUAGAGAAAUAUCAUUUUAUUAAACGCGACGAAACACCGGAAUCAUUGAAGGAACGAUUAUUCACUAAGAAAGUUACUAUCUCGCGUAGUUUGACCAUUGAGGAUAUUCAAGAAUUUUGGAAAAGAUACAGGGAUUUGUUUCCACCGACUAAGGAACGUCUUUGGGAUGGUUUACUCGUUGGUCUUAAACAAUAUCAUGAAACUUUGAAAGAAAGACUACGAUUGAAUAAUGAGAUUGAAUUUUUAAAGAAACAAAAUUCUGAACUACGACGUUUGCUCAAAACUUACACCAUAAAGGAUACUGAAAGUAGUUCAAUAACAGAAACAGAAUUAUCUUUGUCUAUUGAAAUGUAAUAAAAAAAAAAAA